AUGAAGAAAAUAAAACAAGAAAGGCUUGAAAAAUCAUAUAGUUAAUAUGAUGAUUAAUAAAAUAGUAAAAAAUUGGGAGAGAGAGCCAAAAAUUUUGAUGGCACCUAGAAAAAAUUAGAAAAUUCUGAACUUAAAGCAAAUACAAACAUUUACAAUGUUUAAUAUUAAAGAAUUAUGGAAUAAAUUAAACAGAUCUAUUCUGAAUAGAGUACUGCAUAGAAUCAUUUAAAAAUUGAGUAGGAAAAAUAAAAAAAAGAUAAAAAGAAUCUGAAUAAAAUUGCUUGCAAAACUGAAAAAGAAAUGGCAAGAUAAAAAGUAAUAAAUUAAGUGGAAAUCAAUAUUAAAUAUGAAUCAGAGUAACAAAGAGAAAAAUUAAAUAAAGCAUAUAUGUAAUUCAAUAAAAUAACAUCAGUCUUUAUGGAAAAUUUAAAAGUAGAAUUUGAAAAAGCUGAAAAAGAAUUAUUUUCAUUAUUCAAUAAAUGA